GCGGGGAAAGCCAAUCCGGAUGUUGGAGGAUGAUUAGUGAUAGAAGUACUCGCAACCUCAACUUUCGUGCGCAAGAGGAUCAGCCUGCAACGGACGAGAUGGAAGCAUCGCUGAUCAGCCUCGGCAUGAGAAGUGUUGCCUCAAAUCUUACUCUCAACCACACUUCUGCUUUGUAGCUGCUUUCCAAACAUCCAGAGAAGCAUACUGCUCGAGAUCUACUGGUUGCCGAAGCACUGAGAACCUGAGUUAUCGAGCAACAUGAGUGGAGCCGGCGCAGGACACGAACCCAAACCCAAGGACGUUUCGUGGACGACGCGGGAUCUUCUGUUAUUUGCGCACAGUAUUGGCGCCACAGUCGAUGAGCUGCAUUUGAUUUAUGAACUGCAUCCCAACUUCACUGCCUUUCCAACCUUUCCCAUCGUGCUGCCAUUCAAAGGAACAGCCCACGAUGUGGUCGAUUUCUACGCCGCUCAGAACAGUGGCCGUCCCAAGAUCCCCGGCGUGCCUGACCUGGAUUUCAAACGUGUGAUAGAUGGAGAGCGCCACAUGACCUUCUUCAAGCCUCUGCCCAAAACGUCAGAUGGCAAGAAAUUCCAGAUUCGUUCCAAGACCCUCGGUGUCUACGACAAAGGCAAAACCGGCUCGGUCCUGGAAUCACAGGACGACCUCGUCGACGCCGAAACGGGAGAAGUCUACACUCGCGUCCGUGGAUCAGCUUUCUUCAUCGGUCAAGGUGAAUGGGGUGGGCCAUCAGGUCCCAAGAGUCAGAGUUAUCCUCCUCCAGAAGGGAAACCUGAGACGGCGUCGUAUGAGUCCAUCGUUACGCCAGAGCAAGCGCAUCUCUAUCGAUUGAACGGAGAUUACAAUCCGCUUCAUGCGACCCCAGAGCCCGGCAAAGCUAUGGGAUUCGGUGGAGCCAUCAUGCAUGGACUUUACAGCUUUAAUGUCGCGGCUCUUGUCCUGUUGAAGGUCUUGGGUGGCAGUGAUCCAAAGAAUUUGAAGGAGUUUGCGGCGAGAUUCGCGAGUCCGGUCAAGGCUGGAGACACGCUGGUGACCAAGAUAUGGGCGCUUGGCGAUGAGGACUCCGAUGGCUUUCAGAGCAUCCGCUUCGUCACUCAGGUGAAGGGCGGAAAAGUAUGUCUCAGCAAUGGUCGUGCGAAGAUGAAAGUUGUGGGCCGAGUCAAGGUGGCGAAUGCUUCUGCCAAGUUGUAGUGGAAAACGCAGCGAAGGAUCAGCUUGAGCUGAGAAUGUGGCGAAUCAUGAUCUCAGGGCGAUGUCCACAGUAGAUGUGCCUUGUUCGCACAUUGCCAGGGCGAUGUCCACAGUAGAUGUGCCUUGUUCGCACAUUGCCAGGGCUGAGGAGUGUCCGCCGGCUCGCAGCUGGUCGAUUGCCGCAACAGGCAUCAGCUUGGAGUAAACCGGUGAUCGGCAUCGAGAGUCGUCGCUGUGAGGUCAAAUUCUUCAGCUUGCCAGAUCGUCCAAUUCUGAUGUUCCAUAUUCGUAGAUGCGACUGCUACCACCUGCUGAGCAAUUCGUCAAAUUGAGGUAAGCACACACCCCAGAG